CACUUACAGUUACACUCAAGAUGUUACUGUCACUAGAUCUAACUUAAAGGGACACUCCGAUGGUUUUUCAAAUUUUAGUUAUUGACAUAUUUAAAUUCUAGGGUUAGGGUAAUCACGGGUAAUGUAAUAGUAAAACACUUUACCAUUUUGUAUUUAAAUGCUUAGAAACAUUUAUAUUUAAUAAAUUAGACAGUAAAUUCUUGACAUCUCCAAAAAAACGGUGUUCUUUGAUAUUUUGAGUUUAGGUUAUGCAUUCGUCACUUCCCUCAACAAUAGUGAAAGGGAAACUAGAUUUGACCAAUCGUAUCGCUUCAUUGUUACAGUAGCUGUUAGGCUGUAAGUCUUAAUGACGGCCUAGUGAAGCACUAUGGUACAGUUAUAUAUAGAAGAUAGAUAUAUUUAAAAGCAUUAGGACAACCAACUCGAGAAAAAAAGUAACAUUUUCAUCUAAGCCCCUCCCUGCCCCAAGAAGUAAAUAGAUCGCAGGUCUGACUGGUCAGUUUAAGGCUAGUCUAGACUACGUGUAGUCAGUCAUGACAAGACAACCAAGCGAUAGUGUUUGUUGUGUGUUGAGUGGUCAGGCGAGAAGAUACACACUGCCGUGGUUAGUCAAAAAUCAAAGUUAUUUCCCACUAAAACUGGAAAAUCUAGCUAUGAUCUUCAGAAGGUCAAGUAAUUAAUUUCAAGAAAGACCUAACACAAGAGAAGGAAUGAUAUUUCCUGUUAAAUGAUAUUUAAUGUUGAAGAAACUUAAGCACUUGAAAACUGUAAUGAUGUAUACAAUUUUCUAGUAAAAGUUUAUUAAUUUUCACCUAACAAGCCCAAUGGAUCUGUUAGUAAGUGCAAAAGCACAGAUAGAAAAUGGUCACAUCAGACUUAUACCACAGAACUUGGACACUGAUAUUUUCCCAGCAAAACGAGAUGAAGCAGCAAGAAAGAAGUCUGAAAAUAUUCCUAGCUUGGAUGAUGUCAAACUUGAGCAGUCUGAGGACCAGUUUUUACAAAACUCAAUAGUUCUAGAUUACAAUUUAGUUCACCCUGGAAUCAAAGUGUACAAAUGUGAUGUCUGUCUGAAGUCAUUCCUCAAUGAAGACCUUUACGUUGAGCACCAUAAGUUACACAACACUGUAAAGCCUUUCAAAUGUGACCAGUGUUUGAAAACCUUCUCAAAAAAGAGCUAUCUGAAAAAUCAUCUGUUUGUUCAUGCUGAUAGACCAUACACUUGCAAAGUCUGCAGUAAAUCUUUUUCAAAAUUGGCAUCUUUCAAAGAUCAUGAGCUGACUCAUGGAGACUUACGUCCCUUUGUUUGCCAGAUUUGUGGCAAGGGAUUCCUUAAAAAGAAUUACUUGAACCAACACAAUAUGAUCCAUACAGGAGAGAAGUCCUACAUUUGUGACUACUGUUUCAAACCAUUCUCAAAACUUUCACACCUAAAAAGGCAUCAUUUAGUUCACACUGGGCAGAAGCUGUUCUCAUGUGUUACUUGCAACAGGUCUUUUUCUAGCCUUUCACAAACAAAAGGGCACGUUUUAAGUCACGUUACAGACAAGCCUAUACUGUUAAGGAGGAACUAUACCAGAUUACAUUUUUGCUAUUCUUGCCACUUGGCUUUCACCAGUGCUGCAUCGUUACAAAGUCACACAUUGACCCACGCCAAUGAAACCAGCCAUUCUGUUGCAGGUAGUGUGAAGGUCAAAAAGAGCUCAACUAAAACCCACAAGUAUCACUACUGCGACAUAUGUGGCUUGCCAUUCGACAAUCUUAGUGACCUCAAUGCUCAUUUGUCCAAAUUAGAGUGCAAUUACAUGGAUGUGCUAGAUAUCAAACCACAGAUUGAUGGGAUGACUUUGUGUGAAAAUGACAGAAAGCCACCAUUUUUGUUAGAUCUUAAUCUUGGCCUUAUGAAAGGUUAUCUAGCUCAUGUGAGCAAUGAAAGCAAGCCUAUAAAAUGUGAAUUUUGUGAGAAGAUUCUCACAAGCAAGAGCCACUAUAGACGGCAUCUGAAGCUACACAUAGGCAGUAAACCCUUCCAGUGUGACAUAUGCUUCAAAAUGUUCUCCAGUGAGUGCUAUCUUAAGUCCCACAAACUUGUUCACGCUGAAGUGAAGCCAUACAGCUGUCAUCUUUGCAACAGGACUUUCUCUAAGUUUGCAUCAGUCCGAGAGCACCUGCUGAUACACUGUGGUGAAAAAGUCUUCAAGUGUGACAUAUGUGACAAGGCCUUUAUAAAAAAGAACUACUUGAAUCAGCAUAAACUCAUCCACACAGGGAUCAAAUCUUACAUUUGUGAAUUUUGUAGCAAGUCUUUCUCUAAGAUUUCACAUCUGAAGCGACAUCACAUGACGCACACUGGUGAGAAGCCAUUUGUGUGUGAGACCUGUGGUAAAGCUUUCUCAUCUCGGUCCAGCUUAAAAGAACACAAGUGGACUCACAGCUCAGACAGCGCCAUUAAUACUGCACUAUAUAAGGGCCUGUUGGCUAGUCAGAGAAAACUGCUUCAAUCCGGAAUCAAUGUGUAUGAGUGUGUCGUGUGUAGUAAAAGAUUUCCAAAAAUUUAUCCUUUAAAAAGGCAUCUGCUGGUACACACUGGACAGCAACCCAUCAGCCAGGAUCCUAACACACCAGCUAGUAAGGGAGUAGCAGGGGAUAGUAAAACUCUUCAGUUUAACAAAGACUUGUUUCAUUGCACCAUCUGCAACAGAUAUUUCACAUCCAUUGGAAGGCUUGAAAAACACCAAAGUUUGCACGGGUCUAGCAACCAAGGUUUCAGUUGUGAGACUUGCGACAAGGUCUUCCUCAAGUUGUGCACCCUUCGAGAGCACAGACGCAAGCAUAGUGGGGAAAGACCAUACAAAUGUGAACUCUGCUACAAAACAUUCCUAAGAAGUAACCACCUUAAAGAGCAUAUGAAUGUUCAUUCUGGUGUGAAAUCCUACACAUGUGGGUUGUGUAGCAAGUCCUUCUAUAGAAACUCACAUUUAAGAAGACAUUUACUGAUUCAUAAAAGAGAAAAACAAAGUUUUUAAGAUUUAAUUAGAAUUUCAAUUAAUUAAAUUAAAAUAUUUUUUAAGGGAUGAACAAUUAUGUAAAUUAAGGAAAACCUGUACAUUUUCAGAAGGUGGUUUUUACUGCAAUACAGUAUCAUUGCCCAUUAAAUUUUUUACUAGAUGGGCCAUAUUCUUAUAGAUCUGCCAGUGUGAUUAACAUGCUCAGUGCAUUCUGAUCCAGUCUCUCUUGUGGACAUAAGCUCAUGUUGAAUUAUGAAUUGGAAAUUCCUGAUCUUCAAUAAAGUUUGAACUAGAACACCAGCAGUUUCUGCCUCACCCCAAUGUUAUGACCAAAUCAAAAGCAAUAGCCCUAACAAAUCUUGUUGACUUUCACUUAUAUUUUAUUCCAUUACGAUGUCGGCUUCCACAGAUUGGGUUUCAUUUUAAUUUGAGUGAUCUCCCUUUAGCCCAAGAUCAUAGAUAUGCAUAUGAUUCUCAUGUUAAUUUUGAAUUUCAAUAAAAAAAUGUACUCAGUUUUUACACAAGAUUUAAUUUCUAUAUAUGAUAACUUAGACAUGCUCAUCAAUUUAUGUUGUUGUUUUUUUGCCUAGUGCUAGCGUGGAUAAGCUGCCUGUAGAAGACAGGGAAACCAAUGACUUAAGUCAAUUUCCAUUUGUGAUAAAUUAUCUUGUUUUAAGUAAAUACUGUAAUUUAUCAAAAAUAAAAUAUUUGUUAGUUUUCAGGAUGAUAAUAUGAUCCAACAAGAUAUCAUUUCUGGGCAUGUUAAAAAAAAAUUGCAUUCACACCACUGUUUGGCUGUGAUUGUUAACUUAAUAUUAUUUAUUUUAUUACUAUAUUCUACAGGUUAAUGUAUUUAUUCAAUAUUGUUGAAUGCUUCUGUGAAAUUGACAAUUGAAAUUUCUACAUUAUAAUAUUAAUAUAUUUCAAAUAUAUAUUUUUUGGCAAUAAUAAUAACUCAAAGAAAACAGGUAAAAAAAACACUUUGGUUUAUUAUUUUGCUGUAUUAAUAUUGUAUUUUGUAGCUUUUUUUUUAAAAUGACUUUCUAUAUUUUUAACUUCUGACCGAUUUUCUAAAAACUGUGCUCUAAUUUUAUUCUUUUAUGUUAUUAGUGUACCCCCUGCAUAAUAGUCAAAAAUAUUAUAAAACACAUUGUUUUAUAGAAUAGAUUCGCUAUUUUAAGCUUAUUGAGCUAAUUUUUUUUUUUCUUUUUUGAAGAUUUUCUGUUUAGUUUUUGGAAAUAUUACAUUUGAUUGAAACUUGCUAGUAAAUACAGCUUAUUCUCACAUAAAUUUGAUUGAAACUGUUGCUAAUAAAUACAGCCUAUUCUCACAGUGUGAAGCUUAUUGUAAAGAAAACAAUAUAUAUAUAUAGGCAUGAUCAGUCUUAGCAUAGAUCUUUUGUUGAGGGCUGAUGGUCAUUUAUGGUGAUGCAACCUUGCCUGCUCUUGUUAGCCAAAGUCACUACAGAAAAUUUACCAUUAAAUAAAUAUGUAAAAAUAUUUUAUUUAAAUGUUUGUUGUAAUUCAUUCAUAAUUUUAUAGUAAUUUCUCUUAUCAGUUUGCAAAUUUUUCGUAGGUUUCAAAAAACAACAACCAUGGGGUGACAUGAAUCAUGAAAAUGGCUCUAAGAUUUUCCUAGAAAAUUGGUCACACAUGGAAAACUCUGGUUUGACUUAUAAUUUUUAAAAGUAUAAUCUUUAAAUUAAAUUUGGCUUUUUUUUAAUAUUUUGAACACUAGGGUAUGUCAGAGUGUAUUCCCCUUGUGUUCAUUAAGGGGAAAAAACAAAUUCGGGCAUCUUUUUAUAAAUUCAUUAGCUGGGACUGAUAGAAUUACUUUGUGAUACUAUAUAUUUGUUUAUAAUACUGUUAUAAACCUGGUGGUGGCACAGAUGGGGGUAGUGGUGUGAGUGUAGUCAGCCGACGCAAAUCGCCCCAGGCCAGCGCUAGACGAGCGGUCAACCGUGACGAGCUACGACGGUCAACCGAGUCGAGUAUGAACAGGACGGUACGGGAAGGAUCGCCGUCGUGAACAGAGCUCAUGAGCGUCACGAGAGUUGUAGUCAUCUGACCACCUAGAAACGUCGAGCGGCGUUCUGUCCGGUUCGAGAAGGCCAGUAGGGACCCUAUAUAAAGAGCGGAGGUGUCGCAGUCAAGACAGUCGAGAAAAGGGGCUCAAUACAGCAAGGUUGAGAAAGCGGGUUCACGACAGGAGUUCAGAACACGGUCGACUACAGCACAGUUCAGCGGUGUGGUUCUGUACGGAGCAUUACGACGGUUCAGUGCGGAGUACUAUCAAGUACAGUUGAGACGAACGGCGUCUUGAUCUUGGUCUGUGAUCGAGUCCGACACAACGAGCCUAGUGUGUGAAGUCAGUCCUGAACUGUUGAACCCAGUGCAAGCCCGGAACGAGACGGAGAGGCCAGUGCAAGAGUUGAUACGGCGGAACGGUGUUAUCGGAGAGAUAUUUGUUAUCGCAGAGCUAUUUGUACUGUUCUACGUGCUGCCAAUUGUACAGUAUUAGCUGUUAUUUAUGGACAUUAAACCUUUACGUUAUUUUGGAGCCCUGAGUUGUCAAGUUCUUUAAGUUGGUGGUGUAUGGUGCAGUUUGCAGAGAGCCUGGAUAGUGAGAUUCGUAACAAUACUAUUACACUUUAUACAUAGAAAAUUCAUUAGUUAUUAAGAGCAAAGUAAUCACUUUAACACCUUCAUAAAGGAGGCAUUAUCUUCUUUUAAAAAAGUACUUUUUAAAUUCUACUUGAUUUAUCUAUCUGGUAAAACCUUUUUGUUUGACUUUGUUCUUUUCAUUACCAGAUUUUUCUGUAAAUCAGACUUAAUAAAGAAAGUUGUAUAUAAUACAGAUACCUGGUAGAAGUUGUGUAUAAAUGUAUCUAAGAAGGUUAGCCAUAAUAUAUUUUUAGUUUAAGGAAUAUUUUCUUAUUUACUCAUUAUUUGCAAUGUUUGCCUAGGGCAAGGGGAUUAAAGCAGUCAAGUACCUGUAAUAGCUUGCCUUUUCAAGUGUUAGUUUCAAUUCAGACAUUUUUGCUAAUUUUUUAUUUUCAGGUUAAAUUAUUGCUUAAUUAAAUUGAUUUCUUUAUUCAGACUGAACUAUCUCAAGAUGUUUAUUCUUUGUAUAGUAGUAGAACCUAUGGAAGUUUGACAUAAUUUGUUGCCUGGUUAAUAAUUAGUUUCACAAUCCAAAGUUUUAAAACUGGAGCAAUGUUGUAUGUUUAUGUCAUUGGAAGCAGUUUUUGCUAGAAAUGGCCACACAUAGGCUGUGUCUAAUAAAUAAAUGUAGAAAUAAACUAUUGUAAAUAUGAAAAUUUCAUGGCUUUUUUUUUUAUAAAGACUGUACCCUGUCACCAGUAGGUAUACUGUGGCCUGUUAACAAAAAUGAUUCUGCUAGAUUAGUUUAUAUGGUAACCAACAUAGUCAAUACAGAUUUCACUGUCACCUAUACAUUGUACUUUAGUGACUCUUCACAUACCACCAGUAUACAAAAGACAUAACAAAUAAAAUGACAAUUGAAUGUUUAUUACUUCAUUUAGUACAGCAGUACUCAUGACCCAUCACCAAAAGAACAGAAAUCUGACCACCAAAUCAACACAUACACUUAACUCAUUUGAAAACAAUACAAUAGAUGCUUUGAUAACUUUCGUACAACUAAAUAACUUAUUUUGUUUUGAUUAGUUUUAAGAGUAGAUACUUUUGAUUGACAGUAGAAAUUUGAUAAUUGCUAAGAGAAGAAUAUCAAUGGAAUUUAUCAUAUGGGGCAAACAAAUACUUUUCUUUUGCACCAGAUAGAUAUGCACAUCUAGAUUAGUCUAUUUCUUUUUUUUACUUAUAUCCACUAUAGUAGCAGUGCUCUUACAUGGUUAUCCAUAGACAAUCAAAUGCACAUUUUUUUCAGGCAUGAGAACUUUAAAAAAAAUGUUUUUGUGUUAUGGUCAGAGAGUAAACAUUUUUGUGAAAUAAUGGCAGUUGAAUAAUUGAGAUUUAUUUGUGAUAUUAAUAAAGGACCUA